CAAUUUUAUAUUUCUAAACGCUGGGAAUUGCUCAAAACUGGUUUUCUAUUGAUAUCUUGGAUUGUUCUGGUUGGUCAUCAUUCGAUUUUUUUCUUCUUUCUACAAGAGUUAUUGAUUGAUAAUAGGGCAUUCAUGGGGAACUGGUUGGUCCAACUUUGAAAAUAUUGGCUUUUCAGACAGGUGUAACUUUCACUGGAAUCAGUACAAUUUUAGCUGCUCGUGUCGGUGGAUACAUAGCUGGAACAAUAGUUGGAGCAGCUAUGCAAAAAAUAGUUAAACGAUAUCCGGAAGCUUUACUUGCUGUCGCAUUUUUUAUUGCAUCUGUUGUUGUUUUUGUCACUCCAUAUAUUGGCUCAUUGUUGGUUCUAUCAAUUUUGUUCUUCUGUCAAGGUGGCACAAGCUUUGUAUUGGCCAUGUGGGAUGAACAUGCAUCAACUCCAUUGAAUACGGUUAAUUUGGGCUUUGGAUUUGGUGCUGUAUUAGCCAACAUUCUCGUAGCUCAAUUUCUUGAUGAAGGACAGAUUGAGCUAUCGAAUUCAAAUCUCAAGUCUACCAUGGAAACUUUUUCAUUUUCAUCUUCAACAAAUAUCAAGAUUCCAUAUUCAAUUACAGCGAGUCUUUGUUUACUGAUAAUCAUCGGUCAUAUGAUCUUUGCCAUUUAUGAACAUCGAACUCGACGUCAAAUACUUCAAGUUCAACAAGUCAAUUAUACUGCCGUGAAUACGACACAUCUCGACGAAGCUCAAGCAGAUUGUUCAGAACAUUCGCCACAAACACAGUCAUUUGUAUUACAGCAUAUUCAUGUCCAUCCUAUGGGCUGUUUACAUGUUUUUCGUCACUGCUAUUAA